AGCGGGGCGCUCUGUCCCCACUUCCGCCCAUCUAUGGCCGCGGUCGCCGGCUGCGAUUGCCCGAGCGGCCGCUCUGCACGCCCGGAGGCUCGGCUCUAUGGCCUCGGCGGGGCGCUCCUCGCGCAGGUGGGGGCGGCCACUGAGCUCCGAGGAGGUGCUGAGGUUGCUGGAGGCCUCCGUGGUGCACCGGGAAGGAGCCCUGCUGGCGCUGAACAAGCCCCCCGGUCUGCCCAUCCUGGGCCGUCCCGGGGAGCUAAGCCUGUCGGUGCUGCUGCCGUCACUCAGGCGACGCCUGGGCCUCACUGCUGAGCUCCACCUGGUGAAGGCCCCCACCAGGGAGUGUUCUGGCCUCAUCCUCCUAUCCAGCUGCCACCGUGCUACUGAGCAGCUCCAGCAGUUCUUCACUGAUGCCCGACGGAGAGGACAGUACCCUGCCACGUACCACGCUGUCACUGUGGGAGUACCAGCAGAGGCAGAGGGUGAGAUCCGCACGGGGCUGCGCUGGCAGCAGCAAGGUGAUGCUGCCACGGUGGUGCCAGUGCCAGUCCCAGGGCCUCGCAGCCUGGCCAGGAAGGAGGUGAAGAGCACCCUGACACGCUACCGAGUGCUGGGUGCUGCAGGGGGCUGUGCCCUCCUCCAGCUGCAGCCCAAGACAGCCUUCCCAGAGCAGCUCCUGGUGCACCUGACACUGCUGCUUUGCCCUGCCCUGGGUGACCACCAAUACUCAUCCCGUGUGGGCAGGGUGCUGGGGGUGCCCUUCCUCCUGCCACCUGAGGCCACCCCCACCCGCACACAGGUGCUGGAUGAGGAGCUGCUGGGCCGGCUGGGGCUCUCCCCACAGCAGCUCCAUCAUCUCCCAGUGCACCUUCACCUGCAGCAGCUGGUGCUGCCCCAGGGCCCACUCUGUGCCCCACCACCACCCCACUUCCUGCACACCCUGCAGUGCCUAGGGCUGCCUGGCUAUAAGGAGCCUUAGCACCCAUAGGAGGACCCACCAACCCACUCCCCUCUGCCACACCAUUAAAUCCCCACCUGCCACAGGGGUGGCUUAGUGCCAGUUUCUUUUCUUGGCAUGCAUUCUCCCUGUUUCCAUGGUAUU